AUGUCUUCAAGUGCUGCAUAUCACCAGCCAAAUCCACCAGAUUCUCCAGUGGAUGAUGCGGAUUCCGACCUUGAGCUGGACUUGCAGGAAUUGGAUCCAAUAUCUUCUCCCACUUCCAAACCAUCAAAUUCAUCAUCACGCAAUCAGCAAAAUUCAAAAGAAGACAGAAGAGGUCCUCAUAUCCCUUUAAGGAAUCUGCGUAUGAGUGGUCUGCGCAAUUUUGGGAGAAAUAGAGGAUAUGGUGAUUUAGGAAAAAACAGGGAUGCCGAUACGGAUAGUGAGGAUCUGCGAGGUUUAUUAAAUGACGAUCUUGGAGGGGAUGGUAUGGGGAGGACAUCGGGAGGGAGUUCGAAUGCCGCAGAUGAUGAUGCGCCUCUAUUAUCCGGGGAUGAAAGUGGAAGCUCUCGACGACGACGAAGACGAACGAGCUUUGACAAGGUAAAGAAUAUGUCAUCGCAGCUACGACUCCCAAGUUUCUUGUCAGGAAAUAACACCUCGCAGCCACCACCAGAGGAGGUAGACGAACAAGAAGAAGAACAUGAUCCAGCUUCAUCCAGGACGAUUCAGGUUGGUGCCGCGCAAACUUCACGAUUUCCUCCCAAUGCCGUCUCGAAUGCGAAAUAUACCCCUAUCAGCUUUUUACCACGAACUCUGUAUAACGAAUUUUCUUUCUUCUUCAACAUGUACUUUUUACUUGUCGCUUUAUCUCAAGCGAUACCCCCUCUGCGAAUUGGAUACCUUUCAACAUACAUUGUGCCUUUAGCAUUUGUUUUGGCGAUCACCCUGGGAAAGGAGGCUUUUGACGAUAUUGGAAGACGGAGACGAGAUGCCGAGGCGAAUUCCGAGGGAUACACUGUUCUAUGUUUCGAUAAGCCAUCAAUAGCAGAUACGGACAAAUACAGUGCCAGGAAGAAGUUGAAGUCCAAAGGAAAAGCAAAAAAGGGGAGAUCUUUAGUGCAACCAGACCGCUUGUCGGAUAUACAAGAAGAAGAGGAAAAUGCUGAAAGUCAGGGAAGAGAUGCACCAACCUCGAGUGUUCGUGAAGUGAUUCGAAAAUCUCGGGAUCUGAAAGUUGGGGAUGUUUUGAAAUUAGGGAAAGAUCAACGAGUUCCUGCGGAUGUCGUUAUUCUGAAGAGUACAGCGAAUGAAUCUUCAGCUGCGGUACCACAUGAACCUGCGGUGACCACUAUUGCUGAGCCCUUCGAGUCUUUACUGGUGGAUCCAAUAUCUGAUCCUUCAAUCGAUACGUCUACUGCUACCAGCUCAGAAGCUCGGGAGUCAACAUCCCAACUUGGUAAUACACCUUCCGCAGAUGCCGCUGGUGCUGGUGAGACUUUUAUUCGAACAGAUCAAUUGGAUGGUGAGACAGAUUGGAAGUUGAGGUUAGGUUCUCCUCUGACACAAUCUCUCGAUCCAUCCGAGUUUGUACGUCUUCGUGUUAUAGCCGGGAAGCCUGAUAGAAAGGUCAACGAGUUCAUUGGCACCGUUAGUCUUUUGCCCAAAGGUACUGAUGGUUACGAUCCACAUUUACCGAAAGGAAGAGUGGACGAAGAUGAUAGUCAGCAGGAUGGAGAUUCAUCGCCCUUAACAAUUGACAAUACUGCCUGGGCUAAUACUGUUCUCGCAUCAAGUGCUACCACCUUAGCCGUUAUCGUAUAUACUGGACCUCAAACUCGAUCAGCACUUUCUACAUCACCAUCUCGCUCAAAAACUGGCCUUUUAGAAAAUGAGAUCAACUCUCUUACGAAAAUUCUAUGCGCGUUAACACUCACAUUGUCUAUUGUUCUUGUAGCACUAGAGGGUUUCGAGCAUGUUGAAGGCGUCAAAUGGUACGUAAAAAUCAUGAGAUUCUUGGUAUUAUUUUCUACCAUUGUUCCUAUUAGUCUUCGUGUCAAUUUAGACAUGGGAAAGAGUGUUUACUCUUGGUUCAUCCAACGAGACCCAGGAAUUGAAGGAGCUGUUGUCCGCACUAGCACUAUACCUGAAGAACUUGGUCGAAUUGAAUACCUACUAAGCGACAAGACUGGAACGCUCACACAAAAUGAGAUGGAGAUGAAGAAAAUACAUGUCGGAACCGUCUCAUAUGCAAAUGAAGCAAUGGAUGAAGUUGCCUCUUACGUCAAGCAAGGAUUUUCGAUUCCAGCAAAUGUCAAUCACUCUUCAGUACUUGUCACACCUUCGUCUGUUGCCUCAACCACCGUUACAGCCACGCGAACACGAAGAGAAAUCGGGUCGCGUGUCCGUGAUGUAGUUCUCGCUCUUGCUCUUUGUCACAAUGUUACUCCAACAAUCGAGGAAUUAGACGGCCAAGAUGUGACAUCUUAUCAAGCUUCUUCCCCUGAUGAAAUUGCGAUCGUCAAAUGGACAGAAGCUGUUGGUCUACGAUUGAUUCAUCGUGAUAGAAAAAGCAUGCUUUUACAAUCUGUAGAUACUGGUCGUUCCGUCGUUCGUGUUCGUAUUCUUGAAGUAUUCCCGUUUACAUCUGAAGGCAAACGUAUGGGUAUCAUUGUUCAAUUCCUGGAUGGCUCUGAAACAUCUACUAGCAGCAAUCUCGAAGCUGGUGAGAUUUGGUUUUAUCAAAAAGGAGCUGAUACCGUUAUGACUUCAAUUGUCGCUGCAAAUGACUGGCUUGAUGAAGAAACUGCAAAUAUGGCUAGAGAAGGUCUUCGUACUUUGGUUGUCGGGCGGAAGAAGAUGUCAGUUCAGAACUACAAGGAUUUUUCGCAGGACUACAAAGAAGCUUCGGUUUCCAUAAACAACCGGGAUGCCGGCAUGGCUCGCGUGGUCUCACAUUUCCUCGAAAAGGAUCUGGAACUGUUAGGUGUAACUGGUGUUGAGGAUAAACUUCAGAAAGACGUCAAAUCAUCCCUAGAAUUAUUGCGAAACGCUGGUAUCAAGAUCUGGAUGUUGACAGGUGAUAAAGUUGAGACCGCUCGUUGCGUUGCUGUCAGUGCCAAGUUAGUAGCCAGAGGCCAAUACAUCCAUACCAUCGAAAAACUCAAACGAAAGGACAACGCUCAAGAUCAUCUCGAUUUCCUUCGUAAUAAAACUGAUGCAUGCCUAUUAAUUGAUGGCGAAAGCCUGGCAUUACUUUUAACGCAUUUCCGUACCGAAUUCAUCUCUUUGGCGGUUCUUCUCCCAGCAGUCGUUGCAUGUCGAUGUUCACCAACUCAAAAAGCCGAUGUCGCCAAACUCAUUCGCGAGUAUACCAAGAAACGGGUUUGCUGUAUCGGAGAUGGCGGCAAUGAUGUUUCCAUGAUUCAAGCUGCCGAUGUCGGUGUAGGUAUUGUUGGAAAAGAAGGUCGACAAGCCAGUCUGGCCGCCGAUUUUUCCAUUGAACAAUUCUGUCAUCUCACCAAAUUGCUAGUUUGGCACGGCCGAAACAGUUACAAACGCAGUGCCAAACUUGCCCAAUUCGUUAUUCAUAGAGGUCUCAUCAUUAGUGUCUGUCAAACAAUGUAUAGUAUCGCCAUCAAAUUCGAACCAGAAGGCUUAUACAAAGAUUGGCUCCUCGUCGGAUACGCCACCGUCUAUACAAUGGCUCCAGUCUUCUCCCUGGUCCUCGAUAAAGACGUGGAUGAAAAUCUCGCAAAUCUCUACCCGGAACUCUACAAAGAACUCACAUCCGGUUCUUCGCUUUCGUAUCGUACAUUCUUCGUAUGGGUUUUCGUAUCAAUCUACCAAGGUGGAAUGAUUCAAGGCCUCUCACAAAUCCUAACAGAAGUCGAUGGUCCCAGAAUGGUCGCAGUCAGUUUCACGGUACUCGUUUUGAAUGAGCUUACAAUGGUAGCUUUUGAAAUCACAACGUGGCAUCCAGUCAUGGUCGUUAGUCUCAUCGGCACGCUUUUCCUGUAUCUGGGUAGUAUACCUUUCUUGGGGGGCUACUUUGAUUUGGAGUUCAUCCUCACUUGGUAA